AUGACAAGUGCCUUUCUGGGCGAGUUGGAUGGCAAGACGGACGUCCUGCGCUUUGUCGUGAGCUUCCUGCGCUUUCGCGACUGGCAGACGCUCUCGUCCUGCAGUCGCUCACUCGCUCGCUCGGAUUUGCGUCGUUUCGUCAUGGCCCAAGCGGUUCUGCGCGUGCCCCCACCGCCACUGCUCAAACGCUCUGCAUCCAAUGAUUCCCAAUCUACAGCCAGUUACUACACAAAUAGUUUCUUGCGACGCAUGAAACCGGAACUGCUUUGUUGUAUUAUGAACGUUUUAGCUCCACGCUCAGGCAUGUAUCUGCUCCAACUCCUUCGGGUGCUACCUUCGCUCCAGUCCCUUCGGUUGUGGGACUACCCUUAUUGGACACCUGAGGAGUCUAGUCACGACGAUGUGGAAGAUAUGAUGGAGGAAGCGGAUCCCGUCAUCAAUGUAGCAGCGGUUCUGCAACUGUUGCCGACCCUUAAGGAGCUCCAUGUUUCGGAUGCAGAGAUCACGCUAUCGGACUUGCUCACGGUCGCGGAGAUUCAGCCACGGACCACGUGGCAUUUGCGAAAAUUAGAUUUGUCUCUCACAGAUGUCGUAGAUUUGGCUCCACUUGCAGUACUGCCUCACUUGCAGUCACUGAGCGUACGCCGCACAAACGUCACGUCACUUGCAAUCGUGGAAUCCCUGCCAGAGUUGCGAGUACUGGACGUGUCCGAGACGAGAAUUGUGGACUUUAAUGCACUAUACUCGCUGUCACUUUUGGAGACACUGGAUGUGAGUAAGAAUUACGUUUCAUCGGAUUUGAAUGUGUUGCAGCACUUGACGGCGUUACGCUCGCUGAAAGCCUCAAAUCUUGCCACAUCGGAACCGUUAACGCUAACGUUAAAGUGUGAAGAGCUUGAGAUUCUGCACUUGCAACACACGAGACUUACGGAUCUUGCCUUUGCUACAGAGUUGCCGAACCUCACAUACUUGGACAUUCGCUGGACAUUUGUGGACGACCGACGGCCACUAGGUGCGUUGACAGCACUAGAGUACUUACUGAUGGAUACAAGAGAGCGAGGAACCGAAACGCGCGACGAGUACGAGUCUGCGUCGCCGGCAUCAUCUUCAAAGUACGAGUGGUUAAGCUGUCUGUCUCAUUUGAAAAAGCUGAGGAUGUACAAGCAUGAUUUUCAGGAAGAGCUUGCCGACGUGUUGCGAGAAGAUGUGGAAGAAAGGGGAACGACAGUGGUCUCGACGAGAGGACAUCAGAUUCCCAUGACACACCGGGUUCCUAGUUCAUUCCUUAGGUGCCUGAGUAGGCGGGCAGAUUUGAGGUCGCUAGAACUGCCACCACUCACGGAGUACACGCCCCUGACUUUGUUAUCGACGACAUUGCACCACUUGCGACUACAGCAAUGGUGUGCUGAAGACUUAUCUCAGAUUGCAGCAUUGGGUGACAUGCCAACACUCACGAGAUUUUCGAUGUCGUUGCCGCCGACGGCACAAGUCAUGGAUCUUAUCCCUCUCGAGGGCUUUGUCCAGCUAACCCAACUUGAGCUGCUGGACGUUCUUUUUGAAGAUCUCGCACCUCUGGGUGCUCUUGCAAAUUUGCAGAAGCUCGUGCUGGAUCUGCCUGAUCGCAAGAAGCGGCAGCUAGCGCGUCGUCACAAGCAGUAUCAGACCAGUUUCGACUGUCUUUUGCAGCUCACAAAGCUGGAAGAGCUCUCCUUAAUUGGUCGGGUGGAUUUCAAGGACGUCGCGUUGCUCUCUGGAAUGCAUAGAAUGCGGCGUUUGUGGCUGAAUGCGACCAAGGUGGAACACGUCUCUCCCCUGGCUGCCUUGACGCGUCUAGAGAUACUGGAUCUCGGACUCACGCCUGUGACAACAGUUGAGGGCAUCACGAGGCUGCCGGAGCUACAAUUGAUUUGGAUUCCUGAGGCAGUCGACUGCAAAGUAUUUCGAGAUGUGUACAAUUUCCCGCGUCUACAAUCUAUUUGGCAUCCUGAAGAUUACAAUUGUCUAUGGACUGACCAUAAGUUUUGA